UACUACACAUUUAUGUCAUAUUUGGUCACUCACCAUCUAGUUCUGUUAAGUCUGUCCUACGUGGCAGUCAACUCUAAUGUUUGACCGUUAAAAAGUUGAUGUGUCAAUUAAAAAUAAUAAAAAAAUUAUUUUUAUUUCCAUGUCAUACAAAAAACUAAUAAAUAUUUAUUUUUCAUACAAAACUAAUUAAUAUAAAUGUUGAUAAACAGAACCCACCGGUGUCGCCCUCACCUCUCCUUUGUCGCACUUCGCCGCCAUUCUCUCUGUUCCUUCGUCUUCCACUUUGACCCUCUCUCUUCUUCUCUCAAUUCAAGUCUCACCAUCCCCUUUCUCCCACCUUCUCCUACCCCCAACUUGUUGGCUUCCCAUCAUGAUCAUAGCGGAAUCAUAAGAAUCACCGGUACCAGGAGGCGACAGAGUUGGAAAUACAGAGGGGAAGCUCCGGCGACGCCCGAUGUGGAGAAAGUUCUUGACUUUCUGAGCAGGAGUGGGUUGAAAGAGGUCGAAUUGGCUCUCAAGGAGGAUAUCAUCAAGAAGAACGAAUUUGGAUAUGUCUAUUUUGAGAAAUUCUUGUUCGAGCUGCCUCUGGUGAGGAUUUCGUGGGCCAAUUUUCUGCAACUGGAGGUUGGGGAAGAAGCUACCGCCGGCGGGGAUUCUUUUGGUGAUAGAUCGAAUUCUUGGAUAGUUGGCUCCGAUGAUGAGAUCGGGAAAACCAAAAAUUCAACCUCGCCCAGACCCCAUUUCGCACUCGCGCAUAAAACCAAAAUUCCCAUUUUUCCCAGAUCGGGAAACCCAUAUGUUGUGAUAACGCACCAGUGUCCUGAAAAAAGAGUUCGCCAAAGGCACCAGCAACGGAGAUGGCUCCCCAAGAGAAACCAGUUGUCCGAGUUGAAGCUCUACUAGUCGCAGAACUCGGUGAAGAAUCUUAAGAUCGACCCGUUUUCCACGAACUUUGCACCAUUUGUUCUUUCUUUGGUCGAUUUUCACAGAUCUGAAAAAUCCGCUUCCAGACCACUUCACGUGCCAUCGUCUACACCUCUCACUAGUCAAAGACCGCAGGCGAGGAAGAAAACAACAAGGAAGUCACUGCUGAAGAACCCAAACAGAGGAAUCCGUCGCCGGAAAUGAAGUCGGCUCGGUCAUAACCUACCAUCAGGAAACCCGCGACCAACAUUCUCAUCUUCCCGGCGACGGCCACGAAAGCUCUGGCGCUACUCAUCAUUGUAGUUAGCGUCGGAGGAGGAAGAGUUGAAGAGGGAGCAAGAGGCGGCCAAGAUUUCCUGGUGGGGGCGAGGUGGGCGGGGGGUGGUUUUGGGCGGUCGAAGGGGAAGGUUAGGGAAGGUUGUUUUUUUUUUCCUUAGUUUUAAUUAAAAAUUGUGAGUAGUAAAGUAUAAAAGAUUAAAAUUUAU